AUGGACGUCUCAACAUGUGGUGCAUCCCAGUCCUGCCUGCCAAGGCAUGGUGGUGCAUCCCGUCCCAAGGGAGGUGCUCUGCCAGCAACAGUCCCGCCUGCCAAAGGAGGUGCUCUGCCGGCAACAGUUCCGCCUGCCAAGGGAGGUGCUCUGCCAGCAACAGUCCCGCCUGCCAAGGGAGGUGCUCUGCCAGCAACAGUCCCGCCUGCCAAGGGAGGUGCUCUGCCAGCAACAGUCCCGCCUGCCAAGGGAGGUACUCUGCCAGCAACAGUCCCGCCUGCCAAAGGAGAUGCUCUGCCAGCAACAGUCCCGCCUGCCAAGGGAGGUGCUCUGCCAGCAACAGUCCCGCCUGCCAAGGGAGGUGCUCUGCCAGCAACAGUCCCGCCUGCCAAGGGAGGUGCUCUGCCAGCAACAGUCCCGCCUGCCAAGGGAGGUGCUCUGCCAGCAACAGUCCCGCCCUCCAAAGGGUGCUUCAACCCAGAGCGGGGCUCUGCGACAGUGGCUCUCAGGGGGCAUAGGAUUGGGGGCAUAGCAGAUGCAGGCAGGCUCUUUCACACUCGCCACUUCCUGACCCCUCAGUGGGCGCGUGUCUCAGUGGAGGAGGAGGAGGAGCAGCGUGGAGGAGACAAGCCGGAUCAGGAAAACGACCUCCGAGCAGCAGCAGCAAAAGCCGCAGGAGCAGUAGCAGUAGGAGGAAAGGGAGGGGGCAGAAGAGGGGGAGGAGGAGACUGUGUCGCUGUGCAGCAUGGUAAGCCCAGAGACGCGCUGAAGUUCAUCCCAGGAAGGUGCAGUGCGAGUGAGGAGUGA